AUGCAAAUUGGAAAACCAAAAGAUGCUAGCAUGUUAGCUAGCACAAAAUGGUUCUGUAAGGCCAUGUUAACCAGUGUAGCACCAGCUUUAGGUUUUACGGUUGUCAUUAUAACUCUUGUUACUGCAGCAACAGAAACAAGGGACGAAGACGACCCAAGCUUGUUCUCCUUAAAAACCUUUCAACCCCACCCAAAUCCCUACAUAGCGACCUGCCCUUUCUUCGAGGCAACCCAUCUCUUCAACGUUUUCUCAAACCUCCAGCUGAUGCAUGGAAGUCCUUACACCAUCCCACCAAUCCGUCUCGCCUACGUUGACUUCUACAACAGCUCCUUCACUUUCCAGCUGGUUAACGUGUUCAUGGCACUUGAGAAUGUUGAUUCUGUCAAUUUCUACCUGGGAAACGCGCCCAACGUCUCUUCAUUGGUGUUUAAAGUACCUCGCUAUAACAAGAGCGAACCAGUGCAGUACAUUAAGGAUGGAAGCUAUGAAGUUAAAUACAUUAGAAUCAAUCUCAAUCCCAUCAACUCAACACUGAACAUGACAAUGGACCUCGUUAGAAUCGAUAUCUGCUCCGACCACAUUCAAAUGAUUAACGGGAGUAGCAACCUAGAUAUGUUAACACUUCUUAUUUUACAUCUUUCGGGUUCUGGCAUUUAUUCAUUUAAAUGGAACUGCUUAACCCUAAAAAUGCAGAGUAAGUGA